GUAGUCAGUCACAUUCGGCAUUCACAUCAGAUAUAACCAACGAAAGAAAGGAUGGGGGAAUUCUCUAAUGGUCUGUUCGGUUGCUUUAACAACUGCACUCUGUGUCUUAUUACCUACUUUGUUCCAUGUUACACGGCUGGGAAAAAUGCGGAGGCGGUUGGAGAUUCCUGUGUGAUGGUUGGGGCGUUGUACGCUAUUUUCCCCAUCGUUGGUAUCUAUUUCGUUGCUAAGGCUCGCGAAAAAAUCCGAGAGCAGAAAGGCAUUGAUGGAUCCUUCGGUGGUGAUUGCCUGGUUCAUUUAUUCUGUCCACUCUGUGCUUUAAUACAGGAUGCUCAGGAAAUCCAACCCCAGGCACAGGCGCAGUCUAUGGCUAGGGAAUAGGAACUCUUCUGUGUUUAAGGUGAACGGUGUCGCUUAAUAUCAGACUUCUGUGUGAUAAUUCCACGAGGCAUGCGUGCCUUACACUGGAUCCGAAACUCCUUUACUUGACAUAAUUAUGAUGAAGUUUUUUUUUUAAAAAUCAUAUUAAAAGUUAUUUUUCUCUGUUCAAGCGGUAUUCUGACUAUAUUUAAGGACGCCUUGACUAUUUUACAACCCGUCACCACACGCUCAAAAUACAUCAUCUGUUUUUAUUUUAUGAAUUUCUAUAAGUUACCUGUAUAUAUAUUGUAUUUUUAUAUGAUUAUGCUGAAUAUAUUUGGAAUAAUUCUGAUAAAAUACAAUUUUGAAUGUA